GCCUUUUCAAUAAGUAGGAGCUACGCGUGGAUUAAGCGCCGCAGUUCAAUCGGGAAGAUCAGGACCAGUAGUAGUAGGAUCGUGCCACCGGUAACGUAAACAAGAAUCAUCCCCUCGGUUGGGUAAAUCACCGUUUCAAACAUUCUCACGGCGAGAGUUUUGCAACGCGACUUUGAAGCGACGAAAUUGGAAUGUUGUUGUUGUGGGAUUGUCAGCGCCCGCGUGAGAGUGAGCGUUUUGUUACGGACAGAUAAAUGCCGGCUGGCUGACGUAGUUCAGGUCAGUCUGUCCAAAGCUGUUUAGUAACGCGGUCGUUAGCGUGAGUCAUAUCGCGGGGUUCGCGUGGUAGAAUAACGGGAAAACGUCAAAAUGGUAGUUCCGAUACGAGAAUCGCAGGACUUGUACGGUAACCGGAAGCGCAUCCGGAUCGAAACGAACCGGAACAAUCUACAGAUCAUCGGGAACCAGAACCGGAUCCUGGUGAAAGCUAACGAGGGUACGCUGAACGUGAUAGGAAACCUGAACAACGUCAAAAUCAUGAAGAACUGUGGGAAAGUCAACUACGUCGGCAAUGAAGGGUCGAUCUACCUGAGUGAUCAAAGCAAAUCGAUCAAGGUCAACUAUACGGGGAACAACGCUCGGAUUAGAAUCUGUGAACAUGAACAGCUGGCCGAUCGAUUCCGUUAAGAGGCCAACUUACAAAAUAUCGAGUCAACGAAAGCCAAGUGAUCUAACAAAAAAGACUGAAAAUAAGUGUUCUUUCUGAUGAAAAAUGGUUGGGAAAAAUUAAUCUAAUUAGGCUACAUCUAUCCCGAAGCCAAACAAAGCAGUGCACUUAAUUCGGAACCAUGAAUAGCGGCAAUAACAUGACUUUCGUACAAUCUACAUACAUAGCCAAUUAUUUAUACUAGUUUAUAGGUGGUGUGAUUCCUACUAGAGCUAGCAGCACACGUGUUAGCAAUUAUACUUAGAAGACUUGCGUAAAUGAGAGAGUCAUCGGUUUCGUUUUCGCCAACUUUCUUCGAUGAGAUUUCGAAGAUAAGACGUGAAGUCACCAUAAAAUUGUGCAUAGGGGCGCUUAUCGCACAAGUUAAUCAAAAUGUCAUUAUUAGGCUAAGCCGUCAAUUACACUAGUGAGAGCAGUAUGCAAAAAGUCUGAGUAGUAUAAGACGCCAAACGCGUUAUAUCGAAAUACAUCGGUAGCUGGGCUAUCGCUUCUAGAAAAAUUA